AAUGGAUGAGUGUACCCCUUUCUCCACAACCUCUCCAGCAAAGGCUAUCAUUGGUGUUUUUGAUUUUAGCCAUUCUGACAGGUGUAAGAUGGUAUCUUAAAGUUGUCUUGAUUUGCAUUUCCCUGAUUGCUAAGGAAGUUGAGCGUGACCUUAAGUGUCUUUUGGCCAUUUGAACUUCUUCUGUUGAGAAUUCUCUGUUCAGCUCAGUGCCCCAUUUUAUAAUUGGGUUGAUUAGCCUUUUACGGUCUAGUUUCUUGAGUUCUUUAUAUAUUUUGGAGAUCAGACCUUUGUCUGUUGCGGGGUUGGUGAAGAUUUUCUCCCAGUCAGUGGGUUGCCUUUCUGUCUUAGCAACAGUGUCCUUUGCUUUACAGAAGCUUCUCAGUCUCAGUCUCAGUUGGCCUUAAUGUCUGUGCUGCUGGGGUUAUACAUAGGAAGCGGUCUCCUGUGCCUUUGUGUUGUAGAGUACUUCCCACUUUCUCUUCUAUCAGGUUCAGUGUGUUCAGACUGAUAUUGAGGUCUGUAAUCUAUUUGGACUUGAGUUUUGUGCAUGGUGAUAGAUAUGGAUCUAUUUUCAUUCUUCUACAGAUUGACAUCCAGUUUUGCCAGCAUAAUUUGUUGAAGAUGUUCUCUUUUUUCCAUUGUAUACUUUUAGCUCCUUUAUCGAAAAUCAGGUGUUCGUAGGUUUGUGGGUUAAAGUCAGGGUCUUCUAUUUGAUUCCAUUGGUCGACUUCUGUGUUUUUAUGCCAAUACCAAGCUGUUUUCAUUACUGUAGCUCUGUAAUAGAGUUUGAAGUCAGGGAUGGUAAUGCCUCCAGAAGUUCCUUUAUUAUAUAAGAUUGUUUUGGCUACCCUGGGUUUUUUGUUUUUCCAUAUAAAGUUGAUUAUUGUCUUCUCCAGAUCUGUGAAGAAUUUUGAUGGGAUUUUGAUGGGUAUUGCAUUGAAUCUAUAGAUUGUUUUUGGUAGAAUUGCCAUUUUUACUAUGUUGAUCCUCCCAAUCCAAGAGCAAGGGAGAUCCUUCCAUUUUCUGGUGUCCUCUUCAAUUUCUUUCUUCAAAGACUUAAAGUUCUUGUCAAAUAGAUCUUCCACUUCCUUGGUCAGAGUUACCCCCAAGAUAUUUUAUGCUCUUUGUGGCUAUUGUGAAAGGUGAUGCUUCUCUGAUUUCCCUCUCUGUUUCCUUUUUCUUAGUGUAUAGGAAGGCAACUGAUUUUUUUGGAGUUGAUCUUGUAUCCUGCCACAUUACUAAAGGUGUUUAUCAGCUGUAGGAGAUCUUUGGUAGAGUUUUUGGGGUCGCUUAUGUAUACUAUCAUAUCAUCUGCAAAUAACGAAAGCUUAACUUCUUCCUUUCAAAUACGAAUCCCCUUGAUCCCCUUAUGUUGUCUUAUUGCUAUUGCUAUAACUUCAAGCACUAUGUUGAAGAGGUAUGGAGAGAGUGGACAUCCUUGUCGUGUUCCUGAUUUUAGUGGGAUGGCUUUGAGUUUUUUUCCAUUUAAUUUAAUGUUAGCUGUCGGCUUCCUGUAAAUAGCUUUUAUUAUAUUUAGGUAUGACCCUUGUAUCCCUAAUCUCUCCAAGACCUUUAUCAUAAAGUGGUGUUAAAUUUUGUCGAAUGCUUUUUUAGCAUCUAAUGAAAUGAUCAUAUGUUUUUUUUUCUUUCAGUUUAUUUAUAUGGUGGAUUACAUUGAUAGAUUUUCGUAUGUUGACCCAGACCUGCAUUUCUGGGAUGAAGCCUACUUGAUCACAAUGGAUAAUUUUUCUAAUGUGUUCUUGGAUUCGGUUUGCCAGUGUUUUAUUGAGAAUUUUUUCGUCGAUAUUCAUGAGUGAGAUAGGCCUGUAAUUCUGUUUCUUGGUUGGGUUUUUGUGUGGUUUUGGUAUCAGGGUAACUGUAGCUUCAUAAAAGGACUUUGGAAAUGACUCUUCUGUUUUUAUAUUGUGAAAUACAUUAAGGAGUAUAGGUUUUAGCUCUUCUUGGAAGUUCUGGUAGAAUUCUGCAUUGAAACCAUCUGGUCCUGGGCUUUUUUUGGAAGGGAGAUUUUUGAUAACAGUUUCUAGUUCUUCACGACUAACGAAUCUAUUUGGAUUGUUCACCUGGUCUUGGUUUAGCUUUGGUAUAUGGUACUUAUCUAAAAAAAAUGUCCAUUUCUUUUGCAUUUUCCAGUUUUGUGGCAUACAGGCUUUUGUAGUAAGAUCUAAUGAUUCUCUGAAUUUCCUCUGUGUCUGUGGUUAUGUCCCCCUUUUCAUUUUUAAUCUUAUUUAUUUGCGUGUUCUCUCUCUGUUGUUUAAUUUGUUUGGAUAGGGGUUUGUUGAUCUUGUUGAUUUUCUCCAAGAAGCAACUUUUUGUUUUAUUGAUUCUUUGGACUGUUUUCUGUGUUUCUAUUUUGUUGAUUUCUGCCCUCAGUUUGAUUAUUUCCAGUCUUCUACUCCUCCUAGGUGAGUCUGCUUCUUUAUUUUCUAGAGCUUUGAGGUGGGCUGUUAAGUCCCCAAUGUAUGCUUUCUCCGUUUUAUUUAAGUGGGCACCUAGUGCUAUGAACUUUCCUCUUAGCACUGCUUUCAUUGUGUCCCAUAGGUUUGAGUAUGUUGUCUCUUUAUUUUGAUUUAAUACAAGGAAGACGUUAAUUUCUUUCUUAAUUUCUUCCUUGACCCAGGUGUGGUUCAGUAGUUGACUGUUCAGUUUCCAUGAGUUUGUCGGCUUUCUGGGGGUAGCAUUGUUGUUGCCUUCUAACUUUAAUCCGUGGUGAUCUGAUAAGACACAGGUGGACACUGAUAUUUUUUUUUAUCUGUGGAGGUUUCCUUGAUUUUGAGUAUGUGGUCAAUUUUCGAGAAGGUUCCAUGAGCUGCAGAGAAGAAGGUGUAUUCUUUCCUAUUUGGGUGGAGUGAUCUAUAGAUGUCUGUUAAGUCCAUUUGCUUCAUUACCUCCAAUAAUUCUCUUAAUGCUCUAUUAGAUUUCUGACUGAUUGACCUGUCCAUUGGAGAGAGAAGUGUGUUGAAGUCUCACACUACUAGUGUGUGUGGCUUGAUGUCUGCCUUGAGUUUUAGUCAUAUUUCUUUUACAUAAGUGGGUGCUUUUAUAUUAGGGGCAUAGAUAUUCAGAAUUCAUCCUGAUGAAUUGUUCCUGUUAUGAGUGUAAAGUAUCCAUCUCAAUCUCUUCUGGUUGAUUUUAGUUUGAAGUCAUUUUUGUUAGAAAUUAGUAUGGCCACACCUGCUUUUUUCUUAGGUCCAUUUGCCUGAAACACCUUUUCCCAACCCUUUACUCUGAGUAGAUGCCUGUCUUUGUGGUUGAGAUGUGUUUCUUGCAAACAGCAGAAUAUUGGAUCCUGUUUUCGUAUCCAAUCUCUUAGCCUGUGCCUUUUUAUAGGUGAAUUGAGUCCAUUAAUAUUAAGUGAUAUUAAUGACCAGUGGUUGUUUACUCCGGUUAUUCUUAUUGUCUUUGGUAGUAGAGUUUGUGUGUCUCCCUUCUUUGAGUUGUGCUGGUGAAGGGUCGCUAGAUGCCUGAGUUAUUGUUUGAGGGUUGGCAAUGUUGGAUUCCUUGGCUUGCUAUUUUCCUUCUAUUACUUUCCGUAGGGCUGGAUUUGUGGCUACGUAUUGUUUUAAUUUGUUCUUAUCCUGGAAUGUCUUGUUUUCUCCAUUGAUAGUGAACAAUAGCUUGGCUGGGUAUAGUAGUUUGUGUUUGCAUCCAUGGUCUUUUAGUUUCUGCAGUACCUCUAUCCAGGACCUUCUGGCUUUCAGGGUUCCCAUAGAGAAGUCAGGUGUAAGUCUGAUCGGUUUACCUUUAUAAGUUAAUUGACCUUUUUUCAUUGCAGCUCUUAAUAUUCUUUCUUUAACCUGUAUAUUUUGUGUUUUGAUUAUUAUGUGGCAAGGGGAUGUUUUUCUUUGAUCCAGUCUGUUUGGUGUCCUGUAUGGUUCUUGAAUAUUCAAAGGAAUAUCUUUCUUUAUGUUGGGAAAGUUUUCUUCCAUAAUUUUGUUAAAAAUAUUUCUGGGCCUUUGAGCUGUGACUCUUCUCCUUCUUCUACCCCUAUUAUUCUUAUGUUUGGUCUUUUUAUUGUGUCCAUAGUUCCUGAAUGUUUUGUGAUGAGAAUUUGUUGGCUUUGCUGUUUUCUUUGAUCAGUGCGUUUAUUUUCUCUAUGGUGUUCUCAGAAUCUGAGAUUCUUUCUUCUAUCUCUUGUAUUCUAUUGGUUAUGCUUGUUUCUGUAGACUCUGCUCGUUGACCUAGAUUUUCCAUAUCUAGCUCGUCCUCAGUUUGUGUUUUCUUCCUUGUUUCCAUUUCAGUUUUCAAUUCUUGAACUGUUUCCAUUACCUGUUUGAUUGUUUUUUCUUGGUUUCCCAGGGUAUCAUGUACAUAUUUACUCAUUUCUUCAAACUUUUGUUAUACUUCUCAUCCAUUUCUAUAAGGGCAUUUUUUUACAUGUUGUUUAAGGGACUCUAUUGCUUUCAUAAAGUCAAAUUUUUCUACUUCUUGUAUGUUAGGUGUUCAAGUCCUCCUGUUGUAAGGUCAUUGGAUUCUCGUGUUUUCAUGUUGUUUUUCAGAUUAUUGGGUGAAUUCUUGCCUUGGCACCUGCCAAUCUCCUCCUAUCGAUGCUAUCUAAUCGGUCUUUUUCAGGUUUCCCUGUUGGCCAGAGGCUCCUCUUACAAAAUGCCCCCACUCUGUUUCCUGGCUCCUGCCAGGGACCAAGAUCCCUCUCACCCCUCAGAAGAGUCUUCAGGAACAGGACCAGGUUCCCCGUUUGCCAGGGACCUCGACAACAAAAGGUCUACCUCUUUAAUUUAAUUUUAGUGGGGCGAUCUGCUCUCGGUCUUGCGCACUGCUGCGCCAGUUCCCGCUGCCUUCGUCUGCUGCCAUGCCGGUCCCCGCUGCCGCUGCCAGGUGUUUGGCCCAGUGCUUAGCUGUAAAUCUCUACAACUGGAUGAAGGUCCGGUGAUGACAAUUAAGAUGACACCUGUGAAGGACAAGAAAGGUCUGCAUAUUUUACAGAUGAUUUUUGUCAAACAUGUGGAGUGGUACUGCAGCAUGAAUCAGAAAGGAUUUCACAUUAUAAGAGUGAAAUACAUGCUCAAAAUGUUAAGUUCUAUUUUCAAGUGCAUGGGGAACCAAACGAAGUGCCUGGUAGAAAAGUGAGCAUGCCUGUUGAGAGUUCUCAGGUGUACAAGAGUGAAGAAGUCAACAGAGGCAAAUUUAGUGGUUUCUGCAACAUGAGUUUUGACUCCGCAGCCAUUGCUCAGGCUCAUUUUGUAGAAAAGAGCCAUGUGCAGAAUCCAAAACAAUUGCUGGAAGAACAUGACAGAGUCUCUCCAUCAGGAUGCCAACCAAAGAUGGAAUGUCUCACAGACUCUUUCAUGAAGCAGGAACCCCAAAGGAUCAUCGCACCUUUAGAUAAACCCAACACUACAUCGGCAGCGCCAACCUUCCUAAAAUCUGUUAUUGUGAAGCCUCCUCCAGCAUAUAGAAUGAGAACCUACGUAUGCCAUAUCUGCAGUAUCACCUUUACAUCUUUACACAUGUUCCGGUCCCACAUGCAAGGAAGUGAACAUCAAAUUAAAGAAUCUCAUGUUAUCAACCAAGUAAAGAAUUCAAAGAAGAUACAGGAGUCUUACCAAGGUGAAUGUGCAGAUUAUUACAAAGUGAAAAAACCUAGAGAGCUAGAGUAUAAGGUUCAUUUCAGGAAGAUGGAGGAUAAUUACUUGGAAGUCCGUGGAUACAGAGAAAUGGUUGAUUCCAGACCCAGACAAAAAAUGCUUGAACAACAACUUCCAUUUGAAAAUUUUUGGACACAGCCAGGACCAUACAAUAAUCCUCGAGCAGUAGAAGACCAGUUACCUCAUUGUUUACCAGCACAGUCAAAAACAUAUGACUCUUUCCAGGAUGAGCUUGAAGAUUACAUCAAAGAACAGAAGGCCAGAGGACUUGAUCCCAAUAUUAGUUUUAGACGGGUGACAGAAAACUAUAAGUAUAGGGAUCAUGGUUACAGAGAAAGGGUUGAUUCUGAACACAGACAAAGGAUGUGUGAGGAAAGAUUUUCAUUUGAGAGUCCACAGACAUACCAGCGACAAUACAGUGGCUCACCAGUGGAAGGCCAGUUACCUCACUGGUUACCACCUCAUUCAAAGAGGAGAAAUGAUGAUUUCCCAAAUGAAUUUGAUGAUUAUAGCAAGGUGCAGGAAUCUAGAGAACUCAAGCCAAAGAUGUCUUUUAGAAGAAUUGAUAGUGCUUUUGAAACUCAUGAUUACAGAGAAAUGGUUGACAGAAGAUCUAAGCACAGAAUGUUUGAGCAAAGAUUCCCGUGUGAGACUUUCCAGACUCACACAGAUCCAUACAGCAGUUCACAAGCUGUGGAAUAUAAGUUACCUCAUUAUUUACCAGCUUAUGAGAGCCAACGGAACCCAGACUCUGAUAGUUACUAUCAGUUCACAAGAGAUUGCUUCUCAGAAAAACCUGGUCCUCUGAGCCUUAGUCAGCAAGAAAAUAACCCUGGCUCACACAGUGUAGAAUAUGACAUUUACAAGGACCUGCCUUCAUAUGACAAUACCAGUGCCCAUGAAACAAGUCAUAAAAGACGACAUCAGAAGAAAAGACGACAUCUGGGGGAAGAGAAAGAAAGGCCAGAGAAAGAACAGUCCAAGCAUAAAAGGAAAAGGAGCUAUCAGGAUAAAGAUUUAGACAAAAACAAGAACAUUGAGCAAACUAAAGGAGAGGUAGAUAAAGCUGGAGUCAGUUCUGAAAAACUGAAGCAUCGAAAAAAGAAAAGAAAACAUGAAGUGUCCUCAGAGAAAGAAGAACGUAAGCACAAGAAAAAGAAAUUUGUUGAAGAAAGAACAGAAGAGGAAAUCCUUUGGGAUGAGUCAAUUCUUGGGUUCUGAACUUACAAGAUACCCAAGAAUGGCUAAAAGAAAGCAAUAUUGAUUUAGAUAAAGAUAGGAGUGACUGGUGAAGUUAAGGAAAGGCAGGUAGAGUAUCAGCUCAAAAACCUUGAGGCUUUUUUGUUUGCAAAAAUGAAUAUGAGAAAAGAAACACAAAAUAUCUAAAUCCAUCCUUUAAGAAAAUGUUUUAAGGUAAACCUACUCAAGAAUUUUGAACUUUUAGUUUUACUAUCAGAAGACUGAAUCAAGAAUAUCACUGGGAAAAGUUCUGAGAAAAUUGAGAUAAAGCACUUCAAAUGAAGAGAAGAGAUAAAACUCUCUCUUCCUCCCUCUCUCUCUCUUUCCCUUUCCUUCUCCCCCUCUCUCUAUGUGUGUAUGUGUCCUCUGUUCUGCUUUCCUCUCUCACCUUCCCCCUCUCUCUAUGUCACUCCCUCCUUUCAAAAUGUAAUUGAAAGUAGAACCAUAAAGUCUAAACCUAGCAUUCAAUAAGCAAGAACAAAAUACUAAAAAGAAUGGGAGAGGAAGAAACCUACUGAAGAAAAUCCAGAAGAUUCAGUGCUUUCUCCUUUGCAGUUUUGUUCCCUUAAGGUUGAAGAAAGGUUUAAAACUUUGUUUUUUUUUUUUUUGAAAUUUGUGUUAUUUGUGUAUUUGUACAUGUGUACAGUUAAUUGCUAACAGAAGCCAGUUAAAGUCAAAAUAUUCAAUAUGCUUUUUAAAGUUACUUUCUCUGAUUUUAUAAGAAAGAAAAAUUAUUCUAUUGCUUAUAUAUAAUAUGGUUUUCUUAAGUAGAGGUGUUUCUACUUUGUCCUUCAAGUUGCAAUGAAAAUGACUUGUUUGCUCAUGGAAACUAUGUACCUAAACAGUGAGUUACAAAGCAGUCUACAGCCAUACCACCCUGAAUUUUCCAAGUCUUGUUUGGUUUUGGAAGAAUGGUCAGGCCUGAGGGAGACCAGACUUCUCAGAAUCCAAUCCUUUUAGAAUUUGUGUUAGUAUUGGUGGUAUUUUGCUACUGUUGUGUGUUAAUGUUUAUGUUUUCUCCAAUGAAAAUGUAUGAAUCAACUUAGCCCUUUUUUGUUAAAUCUAAUUUGCAGUGUAUUUUGUAUUUUCUAGUUCUGAAAGUGGAAAAUUAGUGUAUAAUAAAUUAGAUGAUAUAUACUUUUAAAAUGUUCUCCAAAGGGCUGAUAAAAAUCGGUCUAUAUUCUGAAAAAUGUUUAUAUUAAAGUGUUUUAAUUUCUAAA